AUGAAAUUUGAUGAGAUUCUUUUUACUCAUCUGGGAGAAUUUGGUAAAUAUCAAAGUAUACAAUUUUUUUUAUUAUGUAUACCAACAAUAUUUACAGCUAUGCAUUCAUUAUCUUGGACAUUUACUGCUCCAAAUAUAAAACAUAGAUGUCGUUUACCAAAUGAGGAAGCUAAUUCAUCUUAUUGGAUGAAUCCAAUAAUUUCAAAAGAAAUUCCAUUAAAAGAAGAAUGUAAAAAUUUUGUUAAUUUAACUGAUUGUUCUUAUGAAACUUGCCAUUAUGGUCUUUCUGAUUCAUGUACAAAUGGAUAUAUUUAUGAUAAAUCACACGUAACUUAUUCAGCAACUCAUAGAUGGGAUAUUGUAUGUGAUAAAACAAUUUGGAGAGCUUUUAUUCAAUCAGCUUAUUAUAUUGGGCAAAUGAUUGGUUCAAUAGGUUUUGGUAAAUAUGGAGAUAAAUAUGGAAGAAAAAGAAUGUAUUUUAUAGCAUUAUGUUUACAAAUUUUUGCCGGAUCAUAUUCAGCUUUUGCUAAUAAUUUAAUUGUUUUUGGUUUAUUAAGAUUUUUACUUGGAAUUUCUCAUCCAGGAUUAUUUAUGAUUUCAAUUAUAAUAAUGAUGGAAUUAAUUGGGCCUUCUAAACGAAAACUUCCUGCAACUAUUGGUGGAAUGUCAUUUUCUUUUGGUGAAAUAUUACUAGGAAUAUUUGCUUAUUUUUUUAGAGAUUAUAGACAUUUACAAUUAAUUAUUGGUUUACCAUCAAUAAUAUUUUUAUCAUAUUAUUGGCUUGUUGGUGAAAGUAUAAGAUGGUUAGUUACUAAAAAACGUUACAAUGAAGCUGAUAAAUUAUUAAAAAAAGGUGGAAAAAUAAAUGGAUCACAAAUUCCAAAUGAAUGGUGGGAUACACUUGAUACAGAUGAAGAUACAAUUACUGUUAAUAAUAAAACAAAAAAUUAUGGUUAUUUAGAUUUAUUUAGAACACCUAAACUUUGUAAACGUUCUUUAAUAUCAUUUUAUUGUUGGCCUGUUGUUUCAAUGAUAUUUUAUGGUGUAUCAAUGAAGCCAGAUUUUUUAGGUGGUGAUCCAUACAUGACAUUUAUAAUUGGUGGUUUUAUGGAAAUUCCUGCAUUAUUAUUAAUGUUUUUUACUGUUAAUAAAAUAGGUAGAAAACCACUUUUAGCUGGUGGAUAUUUAGUAUCAGCUGGAUGUAUGGUUAUUUCACAAAUUUUAUCACACUAUCAAACUCAUUGGAUAGUUAAUUUGAUUCUUUAUGCAACAGUUAAAGCAGCUAUAACAUGUGUAUAUACAACAAUUUAUACAUUUACUCCUGAAUUAUUCCCAACAGUUAUCAGAAAUAGUGCCAUGGGAUUGUGUUCUACUUUUUCAAGACUAGGAGCCAUACUUGCAUCAUAUGUAUCUUUUUGGUUAGUAACAGAAUAUGGUAAUGUUUUUAUGGUUAUACCAUUUGCAAUAUUAUCUAGUAUUGCUGGAAUUUUAGUAUUAUUAUGUCUUCCUGAAACUGUUGGUAUACCAUUAUUAGAAACAAUUGAAGAACUUGAGAAUGGUGAAAAUAAAAAAGAUCUACUUACAACUGAUGAAUAA